CACCCAGAAAUCGAACCCGUGACCCAUCCACCCUUCUUCUUCUUCCUCUAUACCCUACAUUUGUCGCCGCCGGGGGAUUUCCAUGAUGGACAAGAGUCGAGUUGCGGUAGCUGAAAAUGGUGGUGCCGCAUGCGAAUUCUUAUCACGCGGCUGCGGCAACGAUGCCCCCUCCGGAUCAGUUCCCGGAAUCAGCGAAGGCCGACAAUAACAACAUUUUGUCAGAUUCGAAGCCACCGUUGACUGGCAGAUCAGAUGCUAGAGAUAUGGUGGAGUCGAAAAAGGAGCCCAGAUCGCCGAUUAAAGAAUAUGCAUCCUCUGCUCAUUGAUUGUUUCUUCACCAUUAUCCCGCCCAUGUCGACACAAACUAGGAACUGUUUGGAUCUGUAGAUUUCGAUGGCUAUGGCUUGGGUGAGCUUUGUUUUCCCGACGCCGAAAGCACCGUCGAAGAGGAAGCUUGCGAGGGGUCGGUUCGCAUUUCUGGCAUCGGCUUGGGCACGACGAAUUGCUUGCCCGACUUGGUUGACCGCUUCGUCUUGUCCAAUCACGUGAGCCUUGGAGUUCCUCGGAGCCAGUCAUCGGAAACAGAGUCCCAAUUAAAGUCCCUUUAAUUU